UACAGAUUCUCCAUUCUUCUCUCUUUGCUUUCACUUCUCUUUGCUUUCUUCUCUCCCAUAUGCAUACUUCGUCGUCUUCUCCUGAAUUCUUCACUUCUUCUUCUUCUUCUUCUUCUUCUUCUUCUUCAUCUUCUUCUUCUUCUGUUGUUCAUCGCCAUUCCCUUCAGUUCCCUCUUCAGCAGCGCCUCCGGUGUAUGCUGCUGGUUUUUUCUGGCGGCUUCGUGGCGUCUUCAAUUAGUCAUAUAGUAUGCUUCAAGAAGCUUCAACAAAACCUGAGGGAGAACUUGAAGUUAGCUUUGGUUAUAAAUGCAAUGGUAACAUAUAUGAAAUUCAUGAUGUUUCUGACAAGUUCGAGAUCCAGCCUAGACUUCCAAAGAUCAGCAGUUUCUCUUGCUUAUCUGGUGCUGCCUUGAGUGCUAAUGCAACCCUAGCAAACACAAAUAUAUGCAAUGGAUUGAUAGGAGAAGAAAUUCUGCCGACCUGGGAUUCUCCUACUUCAUUCCGAAAGGUUCCCUCAUCACCUACCCUUUCAAGGUUGGAUAUAUUGUCAUCGUCUCUGCAGAGUAGUCUGUCAAACUUAAGUUGCAGUCCAUCUACCUCAACCUCUGAAUAUGAUUCAUACUUGUUGAAAUCCAUGAGUGCUCCAUCCGGAAGUGAAGGUUUUCUUAAUGUUAAGGAAGUGCAAGUGGCAGGUGGAGCUGCUGGUGAGGACAGGGUCCAAGCCGUUUGUUCUGAAGAAAAUGGAUGGCUAUUUUGUGCAAUUUAUGAUGGUUUCAAUGGAAGAGAUGCAGCUGAUUUUCUUGCUGGCACAUUGUAUGAAACCAUCGUAUUUUAUUUUAACCUACUAGAUUGGGAAGCUAAGAAUGAAACCUCUGACGGUUUGGACAUGGACAAUUCACAUCUUCUUGAUGAUAGUAGCAUCACUCAAGGAAGAUUUCCUCCUUUGGGAAAUAAUAAUAAAAUUGCUUCAGAUAUGCACAAUGUAUUAGAGAACCAUUCAUAUGCCAAAGCAGGAAUGACAAACUACCCUCUAAGGUAUGGGGUGUUCGAUAGCCUCCAGCGUGCUCUUAGUCAAACAGAGAAUGAUUUUCUGCACAUGGUUGAACAGGAAAUGGAGGAUCGUCCUGAUUUAGUUUCUGUUGGGUCAUGUGUUUUAGUUGUUCUUCUUCAUGGAAAGGAUUUGUACACACUAAAUUUGGGUGAUAGUAGAGCAGUACUAGCUACCCUUGAUGAGGGUGCUAUGAGAGGGAAUGGGGGACUGAAGGCUGUACAGCUCACUGAGAGUCACACUGUGGAUAAUGAACUUGAAAGAGCACAGUUACAACAUGAUCAUCCUGAUGAUCCGACAAUCAUUGUUGGUGGGAAAGUCAAAGGAAAACUGAAGGUGACUCGGGCGUUUGGAGUUGGCUACUUGAAGACGAAAAAAUUUAAUGAUGCUUUGAUGGGUAUUCUUCGAGUUCGUAAUCUAAUAAGCCCUCCCUAUAUUUCCACUCAACCGGCAUUGUCUAUCCAUAGGAUAUCAAAAUCAGAUUGCUUUGUUAUAGUUGGAAGUGAUGGUUUAUUUGACUUUUUUGACAAUGAGGAGGCAGUGAACCUUGUCCAUUCAUAUAUCUUGAGCAACCCAACUGGUGAUCCUGCAAAAUUUUUACUGGAGCAGCUUCUAUUGAAAGCAGCUGAUUGCGCAGGUUUUAGCAAAGAAGAAUUAAUAACCAUUCCAGCCGGCAGGAGAAGGAAAUAUCAUGAUGAUGUAACUGUUAUUGUAAUCAUCCUUGGAACAAAUCAGCGCACCACAAGGGCAUCUACUAGCAUAAAAGGGCCAUUUCCUUUAGGUAGACGUGCGGCCAAGGCCAAGGCAUCAUCUCUGAGUAAAGGCAAACGUAGUUAAGAUGACAACUUGAUACAGACAGCCACACGAGAGAAGUGAAGGUAAAAGGACAACACAAUUAACAAUGUAGAUGAAAACAGCAAUCACUCUUUGCCCUUUUCUCUGUGUUGUAGCAGUUCCAAGUCUUGUUUGACAUUAAAGUGGUAGGUGUUCUCUCAUUAUCUUAUAUCUUAUUCUUAUGUACCCAACCAUAUUUUACUUCUUCCCUUCCCUUUCACUAUCUCUCAGCUCCCAACUUCCUUCCUUCUAUUGGAUUUUGGUAUAUAGUUUUGUAUUACAGAGCUUGGUAGUCCAAAUUUAUGGUGUCUAUGUUUGAAUUUUUUGAGGUGAAAUGGGUUUCAAAAGUA